GUGAUCGACAGUGCAGUGCAGACACGAACCGACCAUUGACUGGAAAUAAAGGAUACUAAUGACCAAAUCAAACGUGCACGCUGUGAUCCGGCGAUAUCAGCCCUCUGACCGGGCGACUGUGGAAACCGUUUUCCGGGAUGGAAUGAUGGAGCACAUCAAUCCUGCGUUCAUGUACGCCAUGACCCGACCUCUGCACAUCGCUGUAAGCCUGUUCUAUUACAUUGGCGUGUAUGUGAUGGCUGGACAGUCCGUCGUUCUGGCCCUGGUGUCUGGAGGAACCUGGAUCAGCCUGGUGUACUUCUGCUGCUUUGAGUUUUACACCGGCUACGUCCGGGCGAAACUGAACACGGACAUGCAGGACAUCCCGGGUUACUACCUCAGCAAUCCAGAUAACUGCUUCUGGGUUGCUGAGGCUGAGAUACACGGCCGGCCUCAGGUUUUGGGUAUGGUGGCGGUGGAAGGUAAAAGCGACCCGGGAAGCGAAGGAAAAAAGUUUGGAGAGUUCUACCGGAUGAUUGUUUCAUCCAGCUGUCGCUGUUCUGGUCUCGGUUUACGGUUGGCCAAAAUAGCCGAAGACUUCUGUAGGGAACGCUGCUUCUCAAAGAUCGAAUUUUCCACCUCGUCUACACAGAGAGCAGCCGUGGCGUUGUACUUUAGGCUGGGUUUUAAACUCGUCCUGGUGCAUACUCCGUCCGAGUCUCCCAAGUGGAUGAUCUGGAUGACUAGAGCCACGAUUCUGACCAUGGAGAAGAACAUCUGAUCAUUAGCUUCUCAUCUAAAGGCUUAAAUCCUAGAAUCUGAGUUUUAUAGUUCUGACUGAUGUACUGUUUUUCUUUCA